CCCUGGCUCCCCACAUUUUCCCCAAUCCCUGUUUCCGGCCGGCAACUGCCAUCAUCUUCAACCCUCCACCAGCACCACCACUAUAUCCCACCACCCGACGACAGCAAGCAAAACCGCAACAAUGGGCUGGCUAUCCUCCUCCUCCCCCGAAGACCAACGCUCCCAAGAAAUCCGCGCCGGCACCGUCGCCCCCUCCCGCGCCGAGCGGGCCCGCUGCUGGGAGGCCCGCGACGGGUAUUUUGCCUGCCUGGACAAGAACAACAUUGUGGACGCGCUGAAAGAGGAGAAAGCCGCUGGCAAGGCUUGCGGGGCGGAGGGCAAGGUUUUUGAGAGGGAUUGUGCUGCUCAGUGGGUAACAUACUUCAAAAAGUGGCGCGUUCAAGACAUCCAGAAACGUCAACGCAUCAAGGAGCUCGAGGCCCAAGGCGCAAACAGGCUGGACGUGCAGACCGACUUCACGCCAAGGGGUUAAAAGGGGGACUUGAGAGCAGGGGAAGGGAGAAGUGUGACAAUAGGAGGAAGUGUAAAUGUACAAUAUGAACAACCUCACCAGGUUGAACGGAUAUCAAAAUAUGGAGACGAAAAUACCAUAGGGGAAGGAAGGAACAAGGCGUUUACAGGAGCCAUACCCAUAAGAAGAACC